AUGACGGAGGCAUCGAGAAGUGAUCAUUCGUUACUGGUCUACUAUGCUGUGGGAAUUGCAAUAGGCUGCAUAAUUGCCUACAGCCUACCAAAAAAUGAAGGGGAAAUCGAGCGGCUAAAGGCUGCUGCUAUCAAGGAAGAGGAACGAGAAACUUUCGGUAAAGUAAAAUCUGAAUUGGACAAGGGAUCGUCGUCUUGGGAUGGUGAUAGCAUACCAAAAGAAGAAUUAGAGCGGAUCCGGAAACGUUUCCGUAUGACACCUCAGCAGAUGACUCGGGUUGUGGCAUUGUCGAAAGCAGAGGGAACACAGGACCCAAAAUAUUCAUCGUUGACUCCACACCAACAGUUGAAUCGGAUGGUGUAUCUCGUCAUGAUAAUGGUGCUGAUAUACAUACUCAAUCGGGACUAUGGGAAUGUGGUUCUUGUAUGGUUCGUUCAGAUAUUUCCAAAAGAAGCCGAGAUCUUGGGUCUAGUAAAAUCAAAGUAA